GAAUUUUCACUUCUCCGUGUCGUCCAGACCGAGUUUGGUGCCUACCCAGCCUCCUAUCCAAUGGGUACUGGGGAUUCUUUCUCCGGGGCUAAAGCAACUGAAGCAUGAAGCUGACCACUUUCUUCCAACUGCUGUGGAGGUCAAGAAAAUUGCAGCUUGCUAGAUCCUGGAGGCUGGAGAAGACCACAAGGGGUGAGGGGUCCAUGUGAUUGUACUGAACCAGGCAAGUGGUAGUGUGAUGGCCCAGCAUAAGUUUGAUACAUACUCACCACACGAAGACGAAGCCAUGGCACUCAUUCUGAACAUGGUUUCUGAUGGCACAGUCGUCAUAUUUGCCAUAAAGACUGGAAUAUGUGGAUGCGGCUACCUGAAGAUUGGAAAGGCAGACAGUGUGUGAUUCCAGACAUGUCUCGGACAUACCAUUUCAGUGCUUCAGGUCUGAACAUGAAUUCCUACUUCCAAGACGUCUACUUCACGAAACAUUCUUUCAACAUAAACAAGAACGUUUAUGAAGAGAUAAUUGUGGACAUGAUCAAGAGAGGUCUUGUUUUGGAUCACAGUAAAUCACCAUGUGAGAACUUCAUACCAGACAAAAAGUGCUUCAAGAUCUGCGACCUUGAUGUUCGAGGUUAUCACAAGAGUACAUGGAGGCUGCACAUAAAGGGCAGUGAAAUGCUUGUCGUUGGAGUGCCGUACUCAGAGUAUUCAAAAUUCAAACCAUCGAAUGUCACUCCUGUUUAUUUGGAAGAGAAGACUAAUGUCAGAUAGCAGAAGGUAACAGCAUUUAGAAGAUUCUUGGAUCCCACAUUGCCGUGAAGAUGAGCGAUCUGUGACACAGAGACCUUAAUUUGAAGAUAGGACAUUAUUUUACGGCUUUACCAUUUUGCCUGUGCCAGUUCGUUAUGAGAAACUGUAAAGAACUGUUCUUCUUAAGAUGCCAGAACUGUGUCGUAUAUUUCUGCUCUCCGUGAUAUGUGACAGUAAAAGGGGAGUGUACAUUGUGAAUGUGUACCAGAAUGAAAAUAUUAUUGUAGAUCCAUAGAAAGAAGUAGGUAUACCAUCUGAGUUGGAGUUACCAAUUUACAAGUACAGUAAAUUCCUGUUUGUCUGCUAUCCAGGCAUCCAGGAUUUUCAUUCAGCUGGCAAAAAUUUCUAAGAGAAUUAUAAAGUCAUUAAAAUAAUUAUGAGUGUAUUUUCACUCACUAUACACUAGUCCUCCCAGCUUCCACUAGCAGCACUACCCAUUAUGCAGAUACCAUUUCAGCAGAGGCUAGUUGAACUUUUGAUCUUGUGAAUUCAAAAUUCUUUCACCUGUCAAUCUGCAUUGUUAUAUAGGAAUAGUCCUUGCAAGAACUAAAGCAAGAAUGUGAUAUUUUCGAUAUAAAUUAGGUUUCUGCAAGAACUUUUCUCAUGAAAACUGCAGAUUCAUGUAACUGGCAGACCCAAUUCUCUAUACUUGUCAAGUAAUUGUGGUUUACUGUAGUAAUUAAUAGGAUAGCUUCAUCUUCAGUAUAAAGGAAAACAUAGUCAUGUGUUGGGUAUGUUACGCGACAACUGCACGCCGUUCUGGAUCUAGUGAAUUUAUUGCACGUUUGCUCUUACAUUUACAUAAUUUACAGUUUCACAACUACUGCCAUCGGCAGUAUCACAAUUACUUCUGUUGUGGCCACUGGCGUUCAAUCGAUACGACUCAACUCAUAGUGGAUACUAGACAUAUAAAGGCAAGCAAUGCAA